AAAAAUUAACAAACAAAACUAUGGACUCCACUAAAGACAGAGUUGAAGGAACUAGAGCAACUGUUAUUGAAAUUAUUGGAAGAACAGGAUCUAGAGGUGGUAUUACAUAAGUUAAAGUUUAAUUGGUUGGAUAAUAAAGAACAUUAAUUAGAAAUGUUAUGGGUCCAGUUAGAAAGGGAGACACCUUAGAGCUUAUGGAAUGCGAAAGAGAAGCUAGAAGAUUAAGAUGAUUGGAUGAAUUAUGUACAUUAAAAUUGCAAAUUUAAUCGUUAUUGCUAACUA